AUGACGGGCCGUAAACAUCGUCCAAAGUUUAGCGCUGCGCAAAGCAUUUGCUUGCGCCGUGUUUGGGUCCAGUUCCCACCAGGUGUUCUUCGCAAUCCCUUUGUGCGCGGGGAAGCGCUCAGUCAGGCUGUUGAGACGAAACCUCCCUGCAGAGGCUUCGUGCGUUCGGUGCUGUUCGUGCCAGUCUUGCUGCGCUGCCAGAGCGCUGCCUGUGGACACACACGCGAGUCCUUGAUUGCAUUUCUACCUGUUCUGGUGUUCCUGGCAUUGGCGACAUAUCCUCCUGCCCAAGGUUUCGUCGCCGCGCCCACUUAA